GGCUCUCAAGGGAGGGGCAGGGGAGAGAGGACGGGGUAGGGCGGAGAGCAGCCACAGUGAGAGCAGCUGCCUCUUCAAGAUGGAGGGCUCUUGUGGCUGCUGAUGCUGGGCUUCCCGGAGUCAGGUAAUAUAACGCUCGCACAUGCAUACAAACAACCUGCAGAAGAGGCUACGUGGCAGUGAGACCUGUGUUUGGAUGCCAGUCACACUGUUUGCUGUGACCUUGGGCAAUUCCCUCACCACUCCCUAGGAAUCCGUAGUCACCCCAGCUACAAAUGAGACUAGAGGAGGGCACCUGUCCUGGGACCUGCAGGACCUGGCACAGGAAGUGUCUGCGCGGACUCCCUGGCGAAAUGAACUGGACCAACUGGAGUUUCCAGGACUCCCGAGCUGACAGCGAUCCCUUCCUGAUCGACCCCACCCCGCCGCUCUGCUCCGUUCUAGAUGCUGGUAGAGCCAAGAUUAAGGCAGUAGCACAUUCGGUGUCUGAGAACUUCACUACCCUGAAGCCAGAGGCUAAACCCAAUGAACUCAGCAGCCUAUGCACGGCAGCCACAGCCAUUUCGGGCUCCGUUGGUGUGGUGGCUCUCAUCUUGCUCCUGGUGGGUCUCUUGUCUAUGACCCUGAAGAAAUGGAGACAUGAGAGACUAUUUAAGAAACAACUGCGGCACCAGACCAACUUUCUCCGAAAAACUCCGGAGCUUUCCUGCCAUGCUGAUGCCAUAUAUUCCAACGUGAUCAACCUGGCUCCCUGGAAAGAGGAUGACUUCUCUGUCUAUGUCAACGUGCCCCCUUUCGAUUGCCCCAGGAAGACGUCACCAGACCGAGUGGAAUAUGCCUCCAUUGUAUUCCACUGACGGGAAGCCAGCGAGAUGCUUCAGGAAGUGAUGGUAAAUGGGGAAGAACAUUCUGGGAAGAAGGAACAGUGAGUGCAAAGGCCCUGCGGUGGAAGUACACCUCACAUGGUCAAAGACAAGCAAGGAGGUGAGUGCGUUUGGAGUGGAAGGGAAACAGUAUGAGGAGAUGAGGUUUGUGCAACAAAUCAGCACCCGAGUUUGGGAAUCAGGGAUCCAAGGCAGCAUUUCCCACAGCCUGUUCCAUGGAAUGUUAGUACAGAGCAGCGGGUUGGGAGGGAUGAUGCCUCUGGCCGUUCGUACUACUCUCUGCAUUCCCGUUGCUCUUCUCUGCUGAUCUCCAGCAUUCUCCUCAUGUACAGGGGACUCCUGAACCUCAGGCCUGAUCGUCAUGCCACCCGAAUCCUGUCAGCACCCAAGGUGAUUUAAGUGGCAAGUUAGACAGUCCUCCCUGCCUCUGAGCUCGAAGUUCCCCCAAGUGUGUUCUAGUUACGGGAGACCUUAGCAGAUGUAGGGAUGGAGAGAUUAAAUGGGAUCUAGGACCAAGUAAAUUUAGGAAAUGAUGAGUAAGCAAAGAGCAAUGGAGAAAAAGAAAUUUUCACUUAAAACCAAAGCUAAUGGAAGCCCCUGCUUGUCUUCUAGGGAGGGUGCCUGGUUCAUGUCAUUAAGAACACCUUCCUACGUCGUUACAGCUCCAUUCCACUCACAGGGAAGGAGGAGAGGAGAAGGAGGUAGAGAGGAAGCACUGACAUUUCCAACCCUCUGCCACCUUUUCUGUGUCAGUCAAGGGCAAGUCCAGGGGUGCACAGUCCCUUGUUUUAGCAGAGAUAUAGGCUCAUCACGCGCCCUGGUGGCCGGGGAUUUUCCUACUGUACGCCUGCUGUCCCAGCGGCAUUAUUCACUCAGCAGUGUUAGAGUUUGGACGGCACAGUAAGCGGUCACCCAUUCACAAGGCGUUGAGAGAGCAAAAGAAGGUGUAAGACCAAGUAAGGAGGGGAAGUGAAGAUGUUCUGUAUGAUAAAGUGAGAAUGGGUUGGGUGGGGGUGAAGGAAGCUGGGAGAAUCAUGAGUUAGGGGGAUAACGAGGAGAGUUUUGAGGUGAAGGGGGGUUAAAGUCACAAAAAGACUUCUACCACUAUAAGCCUCAGGAAAGCCUGCUGGACACACCAAUACCUGGUACAGGUAUUUUGAGGAAGGGAAAAGGGGACCGAAAUACGUAUCUUGGUCAGCAUAGAGCAGAAAUAAGAGGGAAGUGGUAAAAGGUGCUUUAUGAAUAAUUUGGACAAGUCAGGGGGAGGCUGAACUCAGAGCUGGAAGUGAGAACACAAACCCUCUGGAAAUUCUCAGAAAUCUCAGGGAGGGCCCCAGAAUUUCCAAAGAAACAACAACUAGAAUAUUGAGCCAAUGGUAUCUAAAUCUUAAUGGAUAGACUGACCUCUACCUAAAUCUGGGUGGUAAAAUUUAAACAGGAUUCUUUAUUGCAAGACUUCUCAGAGCCUUCAAUGUGUAAUGUAUUCUGUGAAUGGCCAUGCAGCACUCUUUAACUCCCUUUCAUUCCCCCACGAGCAUCCACCAGGGCAGGAAGCACCCCUGUAGCACCUGUGGGAAGAGCUGGUAUAAGGAGCACCUGCCCACGUGGCACUGUCACAGAGGGACUCCGGUGACCAGGGAGGGCGCAGAGUAGCCACUAGACUUUCAUGGUGCCAAAUGGGAUGACUGCCCGGCCUGAAGCCAGGACACCCCCUUUCCCAGCCUUGAUUUGUGCACAACAGCUCCAAAUUCUUAGUGAAGCAGCAAGAGACAUCUCUCUAUGGUAGUAGCUCUCAGCUGGGAGAAAGUUCACUCGCCCUUCGAGGGGACAUUUGAAAAUAUCUGGCGACAUUUUUGAUUGUCACAAUGAGGUGAGGUGUGUGUGUGUGUUACUGGCAUACACUGGGUAGAGACCAGGGAUGUAUCCUGCGAUGCACUGGACGCCCCCUCCCCUCAAGUACAAUUAUCCUUCACAAAACCUCAAUAGAACUGCUCUUGAGAAAACCUGCUGUAGGGCCUUCCUGGAGCUCAUGUGUGAGCCCGCCUUGGUGCCGGCUCCUACAAACAUCUAAAAUACAGGUAUUUGCCCAGGCCUUCUCCGCCCCAAUCUUAGGACCCAUGGUGAUUCUAACAACAGUAAAAUGAACGCUUAAUAAUAAUUAAGAAAUCUUAGCAACUAGAAGGAAGGGUGACCAACCAUCACGAUUUGCUGGGGACUGUCCCACUUUUAGCACUGAGAAUUCUGGGUUCCAGGAAACCCCUCAGGGCUGGGCUAACAGCUAGGACUCCAAUACUAAAUCAACCUUUGCGACUUCGGAGCGAACGGCUACCCGUCCCAGUUUGGACAGAAUUCCGGAUAUUUCCAGUUAAAGCCUGGAGGGCAAGUGAGUUAUGUGCUCCAAGAAGACCCAGGUCUUGGGCUUUAAGACAAAUUCCUCCAGCUCAUCCUCAAAAGAAGUUGUCCACAGCUCACCAGCCUGGUGGGGUAGCUGUCUUCCUCUCUUUGCUCUCCACCCGCGCCCAUGGCUCCACCACUGUAUCGCUCUCCAAGGAGCUGCUCAGAGCUUUUUGCUGAAUGAGUGAAUGGAUUCUGAUCUUCUGGAAGAUUCUUGGGAAAUUCUGUUAAGUAGGUUGAGGAGCUUCUAGACGUUGUGGCAACUGCUCUUUCUUCUGAAAAGCAUAAUCCUGCAAGGCUCUGAAAACUCUCAAAGAAAAUGUAUCUGUUUUAACAAGGACAGGGAUUUGGAACAUGAAAUACUUGGCAAAGUCCUACAAGAAAUCUCUGUGUGACUGGAAGUGAGGCUCACUUGCUCUCUUAAUGUUUCUAUUAGAGGAUAGAAAAACCCAGCUUCCCAGUGCCCAGCAGGGAGGAGCAUUUUAUCACUGACGUUAUUUAGAAUUACUGGCACAUGGCGAUAAUAAAAAAUAGAUUGCCUUUAGUUUUAUUGUUUUAACA